AUGGAGAGUGGGAGGUUGAAUUUAGAUAGUGUCGAAGCGAAUGGGAAUACGAAAGAAACGGUAGUUGUCGCCACGUACAAGGCGUUGCCGGAGGACGACGGUGCUGUACAAAGUAAAGUCGAAAAUAUUGCAAUGGGAAAGCCGGAAAAUGAGACCGACAUUGAUGAUGGAGUGCGCGAAAAAAUGCUUAAGGAGGAAAGUAAAGUCUCUCCCACGAAAGAUACGACCGAGGUGAAAUUUAUUUCUGAAAAUGGAGAUACCAAAAUCGAUAUUGAAACAGUGAAGCAAGCCCUUUCAGGAAUGGGAAAAGAAGAGCUCAUGAAGUUUGCUAAUGAUCCAUUCUGGAUUCAAUUAAGAUGGUUUUUAUUCGUUGCUUUCUGGUUACUUUGGGUUGUCACGUUGGCUGGUGCUAUAGCUAUUGUAGCAACGGCACCGAAAUGUGUAGCACCAAAACCUAAAGAAUGGUGGGAAAAGAGUGCUAUCGUACAAUUAGAUCCUGUUGAAACAAACACUCAUGAUUUGAAAGGUGUAGAAGCUUUAUUAGAUACUUUGAAAAAACAAAAUAUAGAUGCAAUAUCUCUUGUUUCUAUGAUUAAAGAAAGUUCAACAGGAGGAACAGAAGAUUUCAAAAAUAUUAAACCAGAAUUAGGAACCACAAGUGAUCUAGAAGCUCUUAUAAAAACUGCAAAAGACAAAGAACAAUACAUUAUUUUAGAAUUAGAUCCAAGUCAUACAUCAACUGAGCAUCCAUGGUUCAAACGUUCUAUAGAGAGAGAAGAACCAUUUUCAUCUUACUAUGUUUGGGCAGAUCCAAAAGUGACUUCUGAUGGUAGACGUAAUCCACCUAAUAAUUGGCUGAGUGUCUAUGGAGGGUCAGCAUGGGAGUGGAAUGAACAAAGGGGACAAUAUUACCUUCACCAAUUCAAUAUAACACAACCUGAAUUGAAUUAUAACAAUCCAACAGUGAUUACAGAAUUUUCUGAUAUUUUGAGUCAUUGGUUAAAAUUAGGAAUCAGUGGAUUCCGUUUAGCUAAUACUCAAUACUUAACUGAAGAUCCAAAUCUUCACGAUGAAUUUAGAAGUACUAUACCUAUUGAAGCAGAUAACUAUGAUUCAUUAAUACAUGCUUAUACGAGAGAUCGCCCAGAAAAUGCUGCUGCCUUGACAAAAUGGCAAGAAAGAGUUCGUAAUGAAACGGACAAUAAAGGGUUCUUUGCCCUCCAAGAUGAUAUUGGAACUGAUAUCCUACAAGUUUAUAAUGAAAAAAAAAGACUGAUUGACCUCCCACAAAAUUCGCAGUUUCUUACAACUGCAGAUAGCAGCAUAAAUGCUACUACUUUGCAGCGUGGUUUUUUGCAUUGGCUUAAUUUUACUUCUUGGCCUGCCUGGGAUAUUAAUGGCAGAAAGCUUAGUUUAAGAGAGAGAAUGCCUGCAGAUAUAGCAGACAGUUUAACACUCAUGACCUUACUUUUACCUGGCACACCCGUGCUGAAAUUAAAUGAUACUUUAUCUGCAAAAGAUGCCUUUGCAACUUUAUCUAAAGCACGACAAAGUUUAACAUUCCUCCAUGGAGAAACAAUGCUUAGAACUAUUAAUGGAAGUGUAUUUGUUUACACAAGGUUAAAGAGUGGUAAUCCUGGAUACUUAGUAGCAUAUCAGUCAGCAGAAGAACCUAUAGUGGUGGAUUUCUCUACAAUACCACAGAUUUCUGAAGAAGUUAAUGUAGUUGCAUAUAGUCCGAAUUACGCACAAGACGGUGAUACAAUAAAGUAACAUUAUUUUAUUAUCAUUUGUUCAAUAUUUUUUUUUAUGAAAUAUUAAUAAUUAUUUUAAUGAAAUCUCUUUUUCAGAACAAAGUUAUCUUCGAACAAGGUUCCUAUAUCUGGCAAGAGUACAAUUAUUUUAACAUUUGUUCCAAAGAGUUAA